AUUGUGAGCUUGUUUGGUCGACAUAUAGACGGGCUCUCAUUUCUCGUACUAUGUAGACGAAGCUAAGAGACAGAGACGGAGACAGAAAACAUCAAGUGUGGUGUAACCAGACGACGGCGAAUACAAUCUUACGAACGAGGAACAUGUUCUACAGAGGUAAAUUUUCUGAUGGUGGUGAUGGCCGUGAAAUGGGCUCAAAGCGUCAGCGGCUAGGCGAGCCAGGAUCUUCAUUCUAUGGAACCUCCCCAGGCUCAAGUUAUAUGUACAAUCCUACUCCUUAUGCAUAUGUUGGACAGCCUCCGCCUUUCCCUGUCGUUAAGCUUCGUGGUCUACCAUUUGAUUGCACGGAAGUUGAUGUUGCUGAGUUCUUCCAUGGUCUUGACAUCAUUGAUGUUCUUUUUGUCCACAAGAAUAGCAAGUUCACUGGGGAAGCAUUUUGUGUUUUGGGGUAUCCUCUCCAGGUUGAUUUUGCCCUUCAAAAGAAUAGGCACAACAUGGGCAGGAGAUAUGUUGAAGUGUUCAGAAGUAAAAGGCAGGUAUACAAGGCAAUAGCACAAGAAGUUUCUGAUUCUCGUGGUGGUUCCCCUCGCAGAAAUGCCCCAAGGGCCAAAUCUUAUGAUGAAGGGAAGGACUCAGCGGAGCACACGGGGGUAUUGCGGUUGAGGGGAUUGCCAUUUUCAGUUGGCAAGGAUGAUAUAAUGGAUUUCUUUAAGGACUAUGUGUUGUCUGAGAACUCAAUUCAUUUUACAAUGAAUUCGGAAGGGAGGCCCACUGGGGAAGGGUUUGUGGAGUUUGCAAGUGCGGAAGACUCCAAGGCAGCUAUGGCCAAGGAUAGGAUGACGCUUGGAAGUCGAUACAUAGAGUUGUUCCCCUCCACGCAUGAUGAGUUGGAUGAAGCAAUAUCAAGAGGACGGUGAUUCCUUGUAGCUUGGCCAUCAAUUGCUAUCGUGUACUAGCCAUAAUCUUUUACAUUGUUGCUUCAUAUUUCGCUUGACGACUUUCAGUCAGAUUUUCUAGUUGUUGUUUCAGGAGAAGUAUGCUUUACGUAUGAGUGAAGUUUUUCGUAUUUAGCUAGUUUCCUCUGCUGAUUUAGGUUCUGUUAUCUUGCCUUGUGUAUCUGCUACAUGACAUAUGUUUCCCCUCUAAUUUAGUCCUGUUCUACACUGAUGCAUGUUGGGUCGAUAUACGUUGUUCCCCGGGAUUGAUGAUA